UGCAUGAGUUGAGUUACUCCCACAGAAGUCAUGCACAAGAAACCCAGGAGCGUUUCCUACUUCAUGUCAAGAACAAUAGAUAGGUAGUUAAUGCAGUCUGAGGCUUUCAGGGGGACAAGUUACACCAUUAAGGACUUCUGCUGUUUUGAACUGUGGAUUUACUUUGCUGUACAUGCUAAUACAAGCUAAUGAUCAUGUCACUACCAGAGGAGGAUCUUACAUGCCCAGUGUGCUGUGACAUCUUUACAGACCCUGUUCUGCUGUCAUGUAGCCACAGCUUCUGCAGGAGCUGUCUGAAGCGUUAUUGGGACACGGGGUUGCGCGUAUGUCCGCUAUGUAGGAAAAGAGCCUCCAAGUCCAGUCCUCCCUCCAAUUUGGCUCUGAGAAAUGUCUGCGAGACUCUUCUGCAGGUCAGGAGGCAGAGUUCAGUGCCAGAGGACGAGAAGAUGAACUGUAGUCUACAUGGGGAGAAGAUGAAACUCUUCUGUCUGGUUGACAAACAGCCCAUCUGUGUGGUGUGCCAGUCUUCUAAGAUGCACAAGACCCAUGACUGCUCGCCUAUGGACGAGGCAGCACUGGACUGCAAGGAUGAACUUGCUUUAUCCCUUAAAAUCUUGCAAGAUAAAGCGGACAGCCUCAAAAGAAUUCAGAGGACCUCUGCAGACAUGUCCAAGUACAUCAAGAGUCAGGCACUGGAAACACAGAGAUUGAUCAGGAGCACGUUCGAGCAGCUCCAUCAGCUCCUCUUCCAAGAAGAGUCAGCCAGAUUAGCAGCUGUGAAAAAAGAAGAAGAAGAGAAGAUUGCAGGGAUGAAGGAUAAGAUUAAAGAACUUUCUGCUGAGAUGCUGUCCCUUACAGAGACCAUCUCAUUCAUGCAGGAGCAGCUGAAAGAAGAAGAUGUCGUUUUGUUGAAGAAUUUUAAAGCCACUCAGGACAGAGGCAAAAGCGUUGCGGUUGCUUCAGACAACAUGUCCGGACUACUGAUUGACGUGACCAAGCAUCUCUGCAACCUCAAGUACAGAGUCUGGGAGAAAAUGCUGGACAAUAUUGACUACACUCCACUGACUUUGGACCCAAAUACAGCCCACCCCUGCCUCAUCCUGUCUGACAACCUCACUUCCCUCCACUACUCAAAGCAGUCCAGCUGUUGCCCUGACAACCCGGAGCGCUUCCACAUGAGCGCUGAAGUGGUAGCCAUGACCCCGCUUGGCUCAGGAAGUCACCACUGGGUCGUGGAAACAGGAAGUAAUCAGGACUGGCUCCUGGGUGUGGCCUCUUUGUCUGUACCUAGGAAUGCUGAGAUCUCCGCUCGGCCUGAAAAUGGGUUCUGGACUUUGUGUUUCCGAGACGGAGAGUUCAGGGCAAUGACCUCCCCACCCACACCCCUGACACUCUCUAGAACGCCCAAACAAAUCAAAGUGCAUCUGGAUUACAACAAAGGGACAGUGUCUUUUUUGGACCCUGCUGACAACACAGUCAUUUGUGCAUUUACACACACAUUUACAGAAACUUUACUUCCGUAUUUUUAUACACAGAGCAGUCAUCCAUUGAGAAUAAUGCCAGAGAAGGUACUUGUCACAAUGUUGCGUCAAUAACUGGGUGAAUUAUUUAUUAAUUAUGUUGAAAAAAAAACCCCAUUUCAGUCCUGUUUUGAUAGAUGAUAUGGACUGACUGGUUGUAAUGUAGAUGUCUCUCACAGAGGACAUGGAAAAUAUUCUUCAUCCAAGUUAUUUUGUUGCUUCAAAAACGUUUGGCAUUUUGGGAAAAAGCUCGCCUGGCCCUUUACAAGGGUAACAAAAUCCGCCUCCCAUCACCUCUAAAGAGCACAUUUUCACUUGAUGAAAAGGUGUGAAUAAAUAUCGAGAAGGUUCAGUCAGUCCAGAGGUGAGCUUGAAUAGAUUACAUUUUUCCUAUUGAUGACAUCCAUGUUACGAUGGACUGGGAUGGAGGAGAAGUUUCUAACCUGUCCAGCACCAUGCACCUUGAGAAAUAUACAUCACAUAUGCCACACACAAACGCACAGACACGCGCACACACACACACACACACACACACACACACGCUAAAAGUGAGGUCAAGGUUCUUGUUGGAAGACAUUGUUCAUUGUGUACUUUGAUUCCCAAUUAAAUUCCAGCUUCAUGAAACGAUAUUUAACUCGUCAAGCGAAGGAAAAAUUCACUGGUCAAAAGGUGCUCUACACUAGAAGGAUUCUGUAUGGUACUGUUUAUUGGUCUCUUUUGUACACAUGAUGGCGCCAAAGCCAAACAAAUAUUUUUGAAGCAUUUCGUUACAGUGGAGACAACAGCUUUGAAACAUACAUCUAAUUGUAUUAGUGGAAAA